UUAAAAUUAACAUGACAGAAACGCAUCUGAAAAAGUCUUUGUUUUGCCAAUGCCCUCAUCGGAGGGCAAUUUCCGGUCUUGUUGCUACGCAGGACAAACAUAUUGUGAAUUUUCUGUUUCCUAAUCCAACCAGGAGGUGACUCACACCAUCAAAAGCACGCACACUUUAUUUCUUCCACAUGAAACCUACCCUUGUUUUGUUGAGCCACUUCUGCAGUGUCGUUUCCUCUGACGGACCAAAGCUCCUUCCCGCUCUUUUUUCAAUUUCUCUGACUUCGAUCUCCGUUGCUCGACUUGUAAGUAUUUUGUUCUACUUACUUCACAUUUCUUAUUUUGUCACUACUUUACAAACGGAAAGUAUUUGUUUAGUCUGAUUUUGAAAGUAAAAAAGCUUUAUUUUAUUUUUAACUUAGUGAUUCUUUAACUUUCAGUAGUUCUCAUAUCUUGUAUUUGCCUCCUCUGCCUCCUCCGAUUCUGCUGUUCAAGUCCAUUUUAGACAAUAAUUCUUUUUAAACUUUUCAUUAGACUUUGUUCUGUUAUUAGUCAUUUUCAGUUUAAUACUCUGAUAUUUUAGGAAGAAUGUUAUAUUCCGUUUUCUAAGCAUUAGAAAAAGAACUUUCAGAUACGGUUCUUUUCCUGAGGAAGUUGUGUAGUUUGAUACUUUUUGGACUUUUAACAGAUUUUAAAAAUUGAGGUUUUAGCUGACUCUUUAGUUAACAUCACAGUGAAAUCAUAUUGAAAACUGGUAAAUGCUAGGUCAUGUAUAAAUUAAAACACUAAAACUUAAGUUAUCUAAAAUGUGGACUAUUUAUUAAGCACGUGUGUGUAUUUUAAUAAAUGAGAUGAAAAUGAAAGUUGCCGCCUUCAAUGCGAAGAAACUGGGACUUCGAAAAGUCAAAAACACCUACGUUUGCAAAUACCUCAUUAAGAUCAUCUCUCAGUACAGCAUAGUGUUCAUACUGGAGGUGAUGGAUAAAACUGGGAAAGCAAUGGAGUUGUUACUGGAAAAGCUCAACUCUACAAAGUAUGUUUCCAACAGUGGUGAUGAAUAUGAGAUGGUCUGCAGCUCAGCUCUCGGCAGAAAUGCCUACAAAGAGAAGUUUGUUUGUUUCUAUAGAAAGAAUGAGGUCGAACUGACGGCUCUGCAUCAGUAUAAAGACAAUCAGCCGGGGGAUGAAGACGCUUUUGCCAGAGAGCCUCUGAUUCUGCGCUUCUACUGUCCUGCCACUGUUAUCAAAGAUCUGGUCCUGAUCCCGGUCCACACCCAACCAAAUGAUGCUGAGAAAGAACUGGAUGAGCUCUGUGAUGUGGUCAAAAUCAUGAGAAAGAAAUGGAAAAACCCGAAUAUUAUGAUUCUGGGAGACUUCAAUGCAGCUGGUUCAUAUCUUUCAAAGAAGAAGAAAAAAGCGAUACGCAUCUCCCAUCCUCCAUUUUAUUGGAUAAUUGGCGACGAGGUUGACACAACAACUAGUCCCUUUAACGAUCACGCCUAUGACAGGAUUGUGGUUUACACAAAGAAAAUGGAAAAUGCCAUCGUCCCCAACUCAGCCAAAUCUUUCAACUUCAAAAGAAAGUUCCGGCUAAGUAUUAAAAACGCUCUUCGCAUCAGUGACCAUUAUCCUGUGGAGGUGGAGCUGAAGGCUAACAGAUCUUUAGUAAAACAAAGACCUCAGAAGAGAGCCAAACCAGCAAACUACGGUGGAAGGAAGACUCCAGCUGCAAAAAGGAAGCGUAAUUAGCAGUUACCUUCGCCUCAAAGCUCCGAUUCUGAAACGUCCGACUCUGAAAGUGAUGGCUCUGAAUGUUAUGAGAGCGAUAGAUUCUACUCGCCCGACCCUGAAUGGAUCCAUCUUUACGCUGGUAAUCAAAGGAAUGUCGCUCAACAAUCAGCACCAUCUUAUCGGCAUCGAGGUCAACAACCCUUCUAUCAGCCCAUACGAUAUCGGCUGUCUGCAUAUCCCUGAGAUAAUAGAACAAUUACUUUCAUAAAAUAAUUAAAAUAACAGUUAAAUGAGGAAACAUCUUUCACCUUGUUGGUUUUUUCUUUCUAUAGCUUCAAGAUAAUUUUCAAAAUGUCUAUGGAUUUUUGGUCUUCUUGUUGAAAUCUUAUUUCACUACAUGCAAAAAAAAAAUUAUUGGUAAUAAAAUCUUCUUUGUUUAGUUCAAAUGAUCUGUUAACCAUUUUAGAAAAACUAUAAUGUGCAUAUUUUUUCUGCUUAGAAAUAUACAUUGCUUAUUUAAUCACUUAAAUUUUAUUUGUGUAUGUUUCAAGUGUGAAAAUGAUUUGUUUAGUCAAUAAAAUAUGAUCUUUCAA